UAAGCAAUAAAUCCAGCGUUCAAGCAAACAUUCGCGCCUUACGACGAAAAUGCGCCAAACUGGCUGAACGACGACGGACUGGGUAAUGGCCGAACGCGUUACCUUGGCAACGACGAGAAACUGUUCUGGAAGGACCUGAUCAAGAAGUACCUACUUCCGCUUGAGAAAAACGAGGCUCAGCAGGCCAAAGUUCAGAACGACCUUCUAGAACUGAGGAACAAAAUGAGUCUAAUGUUCUUCACGCUGAAUGGUUUUUUCAUCGUUAUUGUCUUCACGUUACAGUACACGAACGCCAUCAAGAUGCGCAAGGGCAUCAGCAUCCCGCUGCCCUGCUACGCCAACAACGGGCGGCAGCUGACCCUGGAGCCCAUCUCUCUCCUCUUCAUGAUCGUGUACGCUGUGGCGCUCGUCAUCCAGUUCGUUUCCAUGUUCUUCCACCGUCUCGGCACCGCGCUCCACAUCAUGAGCUCCACAGACAUCAACUGUAUGAAGCCCAACAACCGGGAGAUCAACGCCAUGGAUAUUGCCAGUAAGAUCGCGCUCGUGAAGGAGAUGCAACAAAUGGACGACGAGGACGACAAGAUGUCCGUGACGACCACGUCGAGCAGCAACAUUGACGACGACAGCAGCCUUACGCAGGACGAUUCCCCGAGACUGAAACGCCGAAAGACCGUCAUCCGAAUCACGAAGCGCCGAAAACAGAAUCCGGGACCCAGUGGCGUUCCGGGCAUUGAAGUUCCGGCGGGGCCGGGAUACAACAUGGGAAGCAAAUUCAUGAAGAAUUUUAUGGACCUCGUCAACGACCUACGCAACAAGCGAGUGAGCCAAACAAGCGAACAUAGCGAAGACUUUUAUUGCAAUAUCCACGUGCUCAGCCAGCCGCGUAGUAGCGAUGCGGAUACGAAGAGCGACAGCUUGCUGGAUACGUAUGAAGAUGUGGUAGUCGCGAUGCGACCUAAGUCGGACGCGUCCGCUGCUAGUAAGACUUCGGGUAGAGUUUUAAAGUCGAAUAAAUUAUCAGCCGAAGUUCGACCGUUUUCGACCAAUAAAACACCGCGCAUCAGAGAGGACGAUGCGCGCGCAAACUCUAUCGAGUCGGAAUCGGAAGCAUCCGACAAUUCCGGGUCUAAUUCGCGAGCGCCCUCUGUGACUUUCAAUAACCACCCGGAGUUCAUAUCGAAUUUCAGAGAGGCUCAGAGCGUUAGUGUUCCGGCUCCGAAUGAUGUAUUUAUUGACGAAAGUGGAUGA